AUGUCUGUUAUUGCCCACGUCGACCACGGCAAGUCCACCCUUACCGAUUCCCUGGUGUCCAAGGCAGGUAUUAUCUCUGCCAAGGCCGCUGGUGACGCCCGCUUCACGGAUACUCGGCAAGACGAGCAGGACCGAUGCAUCACCAUCAAGUCUACUGGUAUCUCCCUCUAUUUCGAGCACCAAACCGCUACCGACAAACCUGCAGAGCCAUUCCUUAUCAAUCUUAUUGACUCCCCGGGCCACGUCGAUUUCAGUUCUGAAGUCACUGCCGCCCUGCGUGUGACAGACGGCGCCCUAGUCGUCGUGGACGCCGUGGAAGGCGUGUGUGUCCAGACUGAAACUGUGUUGCGUCAGGCCCUCUCUGAGCGAGUGAAGCCAGUGCUGCACAUGAACAAGGUUGACAGGUGUCUGCUGGAACUGAAGCAGGACCCUGAGGCCAUGUAUGAGACCUUCAGAAACAACAUCGAGAACGUCAACGUCAUCAUUGCCACCUACCAGGAUGAAACCUCCGGCUUUGACGCCCAGGUCGCCGCCGAGAAGGGUACCAUCUCCUUCGGUUCCGGUCUCCAUGGCUGGGCCUUUACCAUCGAGCGCUUCGCCAAGUUGUAUGCAUCCAAGUUUGGCGUACCCGUCGAGAAGAUGAUGCAGCGUCUCUGGGGCGACAACUUCUUCAACCCCAACAAAAAGACGUGGACCACCAAGAAGGACCCGUCCGACCCCCAGUCCUGCCGUGGUUUUUGUCAGUUCAUUUUGAAGCCUAUCUACGGCCUCUUUGAGACCGCCCUUGCCUCCGACAACGUCAACGAGAAGGCUAAGUUGGAUAAGAUGCUCGUCACCCUCGGCGUCGAGCUCCGUGGCGAAGACAAGGACCUCAUGGGCAAGCCGUUGCUCAAGAGAAUCAUGCAACAGUGGCUCCCCGCUGGUGACACUCUGUUGCAGAUGAUUGUCACCCAUCUGCCGUCUCCCGUGGCUGCACAAAAGUACAGAUGCCUUACUCUUUACUCCGGUCCCCAGGACGACGAGGCCGCCCAGGCCAUCAAGGCUUGCGACCCCGAGGGUCCACUCAUGAUGUACGUUUCCAAGAUGGUUCCAACCUCGGACAAGGGCCGCUUCUACGCCUUCGGCCGUGUGUUCUCCGGUACCGUCUGCACCGGCCAGAAGGUCAGAAUCCUCGGUCCGGCCUAUCAGCCGGGCCACAAGGACGACUUGGCUAUCAAGAACGUGCAACGUACGGUUAUCAUGAUGGGCCGCAACGUCGAGCAGGUGCAGGAUGUGCCUUGCGGUAACACCUGCGCUCUCGUCGGCGUGGACCAGUUCAUUCUUAAAACGGGUACUCUGACAACCUGCGAGUCUGCCCACACUUUCGUGGACAUGAAGUACUCCGUGUCUCCGGUCGUACGCGUUGCCGUCACGCCCAAGGACCAAAAGGAGCUGCCCAAGCUUGUGGAGGGUCUCAAACGUCUGUCUAAGUCUGACCCGUUGGUUGUAUGCUCGUCUGAGGAGAAUGGGCAGCACAUUGUUGCCGGCUGCGGUGAACUUCACGUCGAGAUCUGUUUGAAGGACUUGAAGGAGGAGUACGCCCAAAUUGACAUCAUCGUGUCCGAACCGGUCGUCUCCUACAAAGAGACCAUCACUCAGGAGCCUGCCGAACCCGGAAUGGCCAAGUCAGCCAACAAGCACAACAGACUGUACAUCACUGCCACUCCUCUGGACAACGAAUUAGUCCGGCUCAUUGAUGAUGGCAAGGUUACUUCGCGCGAUGACGUUAAGGAGCGAGCAAGCAUCCUGUGCGACAAGUAUGGUUGGGAAAAGAACCACGCCUUCAAGAUAUGGUGCUUUGGUCCCGAUACCACUGGCCCUAACGUCAUGGUUGACGAGACAUCGGGUCUGCAGUAUGUGAACGAAAUCAAGGAUCACUGCAACGCCGGCUUCCAAUGGGCCGCCCGUGAGGGUGCGCUCUGUGAGGAGAACAUGCGCGGUUGUCGUUUCAACUUGGUUGACUGCACUCUGCACGCUGACGCUAUCCAUCGUGGAGCUUCCCAGAUCCUGGGUACUUGCCGUAAGGGUAUUCUCGGUGUCGAACUCAACUCCGAGCCUCGUCUGGUCGAACCCAUCUUCCUUGUCCAAAUCACCGUUCCCGAGGACAACAUGUCCGGCGUGUACGCUGUGCUCAACAAGCGACGUGGUAUCGUCAUCGCCGAUGACGUCCGUGCCGGAACGCCCCUCCACGACAUGCGCGCUCACCUUCCGGUCGCUGAAUCCUUCGGCUUCACCUCCAUGCUUCGUGAGAAAACCCAGGGUAAGGCCUUCCCCCAGUGCGUCUUUGAUCACUGGGCCAUCCUCUCUGGCUCACCCUUCGAAAAGGACAGCGGUCACAACCAGGUCGUCCUCGCCAUCCGUAAGAGAAAGGGCCUCAGCGAGGGCAUCCCUGACUCCACCAACUUCUUGGACAAGCUUUAA